GGACAGCCAACAAACGCACGACACCCUUUCCAAUCCGAGUCCUCGCAUCUCCGCAUCUAACGGCCAGGAUUCACCAGAUCUAGAAACCAUCCAUGUCCUCCAACCACCCACCGUGAAACAUCUCCACCGUCCAUUCUCUUCACCCUACUUAUAAAACCCUCACUCCAUCCUCUUCUCUUCCCCGUUCCCAUUCCACCAUCUCCUCUUUAUCUUUUUCUGUGUGAGAGAGAAGAAGCCAUGGAUCUGAUCGCUGAGAAGACGUCCUCAGGCCGUGAAUACAAGGUCAAGGACAUGUCGCAGGCGGACUUCGGUCGCCUCGAGAUCGAGCUGGCCGAGGUGGAGAUGCCGGGCCUCAUGUCCUGCCGAACGGAGUUCGGCCCAUCACAGCCGUUCAAGGGCGCCCGAAUCUCUGGGUCCCUCCACAUGACGAUCCAGACCGCAGUCCUGAUCGAGACCCUCACCGCCCUCGGCGCCGAGGUCCGCUGGUGUUCCUGCAACAUCUUCUCCACGCAGGACCACGCCGCUGCCGCCAUCGCUCGCGAUAGUGCUGCUGUCUUCGCCUGGAAAGGCGAGACCCUCCAGGAAUACUGGUGGUGCACCGAGCGGGCCCUUGACUGGGGCCCGGGCGGUGGGCCCGAUCUCAUCGUUGAUGAUGGUGGCGAUGCAACUCUCCUGAUCCAUGAAGGUGUGAAGGCCGAGGAGGAGUUCGAGAAGACGGGGAAGAUUCCGGACCCCGCCUCGACCGACAACGCCGAGUUCCAGAUCGUGCUUGGCCUGAUCAAGGACGGGCUGAAGUCGAACCCGAAGAGGUUCCACCGGAUGAAGGAGAGACUUGUCGGUGUCUCGGAGGAGACGACGACGGGCGUGAAGAGGCUGUAUCAGAUGGAGGUCAACGGGACACUGCUCUUCCCCGCGAUCAAUGUCAAUGACUCCGUCACCAAGAGCAAGUUUGAUAACCUGUAUGGAUGCCGCCACUCCCUCCCUGAUGGUUUGAUGAGGGCCACCGAUGUCAUGAUUGCCGGCAAGGUUGCUGUAGUCUGUGGGUAUGGAGAUGUUGGCAAGGGCUGUGCUGCUGCCCUCAAGCAGGCUGGUGCCCGUGUGAUCGUCACUGAGAUCGACCCCAUCUGCGCCCUCCAGGCCCUGAUGGAAGGCAUCCCUGUUUUGACUCUUGAGGACGUGGUCUCAGAGGCAGACAUCUUUGUGACGACGACUGGUAACAAGGACAUCAUCAUGGUGGACCACAUGAAGAAGAUGAAGAACAAUGCCAUCGUGUGCAACAUUGGGCACUUUGACAAUGAGAUCGACAUGCUGGGGCUGGAGACGUACCCUGGCAUCAAGCGCAUCACCAUCAAGCCACAGACAGACCGGUGGGUCUUCCCUGAAACCAAGGUCGGCAUCAUCGUCCUUGCUGAGGGCCGCCUCAUGAACCUUGGGUGUGCCACUGGCCACCCUAGCUUUGUCAUGUCGUGCUCCUUCACCAACCAGGUGAUAGCACAGCUGGAGCUGUGGAAGGAGAGGUCGUCGGGCAAGUACGAGAAGAAGGUCUAUGUGCUGCCGAAGCACCUGGAUGAGAAGGUGGCGGCGCUCCACCUUGGUAAGCUUGGAGCUAAGCUAACCAAGCUUUCUCAGGAGCAGGCUGACUACAUCAGCGUCCCUGUUGAGGGCCCAUACAAGCCCUUUCACUACAGGUACUGAGCAACAAAACAGAGAGAGAGAUGGUGGAGAGAUCUACGCAAAAAAAAAAAUGGCAUUGCCAUUUAUCUCUGUAUGUCUUUUUUGUUUUCCUUGAUCGUGUGGUUAGGUUUUUUUUUUGAUGAUGGGGUUGUGGAGAGAAUUUGUUUUUGUUUUCUUUUUUCAAAUAAGAAGGGAUUAAAAGAGGGGAGGCAUGAAAGGAUAUAGUAAUCCAGAGAUGCCGUUGGGAUUAAAACCACGUCUCAUCAUCAGCAGAAUGUAGUAGAGUUGAUAUUGAGAUA